CAGUUCAUCAAAUCUCUGAGAGUUAUUUAACACAGGUUUGUUCGACUUCGAGAAUGUGCGGUGGUGCUAUAAUCUCCGAUUUUAUCCCUCGCGACCGUCGCCCUCGUGUCACCGCUUCCGACAUAUGGCCGGACUCUCCCUUCGCCAAGUUCAAUCCCGACACUUUCUUCGACUGCAAUCCCACCCCAACUACUCACACCGACUCAAAUCCGCGUAAAAAAUCCCAACCCAUUUCAGGUAAUGUGCAAGAAGAGAAGCCGGCUAAGAGGCAGAGGAAGAACCUGUACCGAGGCAUCAGGCAGCGUCCGUGGGGCAAAUGGGCCGCCGAGAUUCGUGAUCCCAGAAAAGGGGUUCGAGUUUGGCUUGGUACCUUCAACACCGCCGAAGAGGCGGCCCGAGCUUACGACAGGGAGGCUCGCAAAAUCCGCGGCAAUAAAGCCAAGGUCAAUUUCCCAAACGAAGACGACGACCUUCCCGCCCAGACCUAUCUGAGAAAACCAAAUCCUCCUCUGUUUCAACCCAAAAGCUUUGAAUUGGGAUUUGAGUAUGAUCUGAACCAGUUUGCGGCAUUUCCCUCCAAUUCCAAUUCAGAUGGGUUUAACUCCAUGGCCAUUGCGAACACCGACCCAAUUGUUAUUUCCGGGGAAGAAAACUCUUGGUCUGGUUCAGAUGGCGCUUUCUCCUCGAAGGGGUUGCUGGGUUGCAAUCAGAACGGGAUGGGCGGUUGUCACGGCGGAGCUGAGCUGACAGAAGUGGAGGAAACACAAGAAGGGGAAUUGAGCUUGGAGGCGAUUGCCAGAAUGGAAGAUGACGAAGUGCAGAAGCUUUCUGAGGAGCUAAUGGCGUACGAGAACUUGAUGAAAUUCUAUCAGAUUCCUUAUCUGGAUGGGCAGUCCACGGCGGCUCCCCAGAAUCCUCCGCCUCAGGAAAGCACCGUCGGUGAUGACCUUUGGAGCUUCGAUAACGACGAGGGCAUUCCUGCUUCUGUGUGAUUAAUGUUGUCUGCUUCUAUUAGUUUGUUUUAAUCAAGGUGGUCGUGAAUUGAGUCGGUCGGGCAAAAUUGAUGAUUUUGAUCAUUAGUUUCGUCCUGAUUAAUCUGUAUUGUAGGCGUUUAAUCUUUAAUUAGUUUGUUAAUUACCCACAAUUGCAGUUGUUUAAAUUUUUCUUC